AGCUGGUAAGCAUCACAACUCGUUCAACCCUUCGUUCGUCGUCUUCCCUUUCCUCUUCUCCUUUUCAUCUCAUUUCAUAUCAACUCCAUCUGCCGUCGUCUGGCUCAAUCUAUUCGACGGAUUUCUUUUCGCUAAUUUGCAUCCGAUUUGCGCAUCCAAGACAAGCCCCAUUCUCCCCCGUCCAUUAGUAUCCAGCAAGGUGGGAGCAAGAUGGUUGGCCUGACAUCUGCCGCCGGCCUGGUUGGCUUUCUCUCUGAGCCUGACCCGGAGUUGCGUGUCUUUGCGCUGAAGAAGCUUGACGAAGAGAUCGACUUGCUGUGGACUGAGAUAGCAGGUUCCGUGGGACAAAUUGAAGCUCUAUACGAGGAUGAGUCCUUCCCCGAGCGCGAGUUGGCCGCCCUGGUGGCCGCCAAGGUGUAUUAUCAUCUGCAGGAAUACAAUGAGAGCAUGGUAUUCGCUCUCGGUGCAGGGAAACUAUUCAACCUGGACCGCGAGGGCGAAUUCGAGGAUACAAUAGUCUCAAAAUGUGUCGAUACCUACAUUGCUCUCUCUGCAAUGCACAACCCUGCAACGCCUGCGAGCACCGUCAAUCAGCCACCGCUGCAACUGACCACGGCAUUCCCCCAAAACACAGCUGGCGGAGCAAAUGCUUCCGUCGCCUCGCCCACGAUGCCGUUCUCGCAGUCCUCGCUCCCCUCAAAAUCCCUCCUUUCUCGUCAAGCAGUUACACCAACAUUUGAUCCGUCGCUUCCCGGCGGUGGGAACGCUGGCGUCGCUGGCGCCCAUCCUGCCCCGCUCGCCCUGCAAAGAACCAUUCAGAAGAACUUGCAACAUGUCAUCGAGCAGCUUUUUGAACGCUGCUUCCAGGCCGGCCGCUAUCGCCAGGUUGUUGGCAUUGCCAUUGAGGCCCGGAAUCUGGACAUCUUGCGCCGGACCAUUCUGCGAGCGAGCGAGGACCAAAAAAAGGAAGAGAGCACGUCAAUUAACGGGGUCGCUGGGAGAGGGGAGGAACUGAUGGAGUACGUGCUCGACAUCUGUAUGGAUGUCGUCCAGGAAAGAAACCUGCGAAAUGAGAUUCUCAAACUUAUCUUGGAACUUCUCAACGACAUUCCCAACCCGGACUACUUUUCUAUUGCCAAAUGUGUCGUCUACCUGAAUGAGCAUGCGAUGGCAUCACAAAUUCUCCGACAGCUUGUUGAAAAGGGCGACGCUAGGUCACUCGCCGUGGCCUACCAGAUCUCAUUUGACCUUUACGACAACGGCACCCAAGAAUUCCUCACCAGCGUUCGUGAGGAAUUGCCAGGUGUUGAGGAAGAGUCGCAGGCGCCAGCAAGCGAGGACGCUGCCAACAAUGGCGAGAAUGCUCAGGAGACCGACCAGCUUCUCUCGGAGCUACAAGAGCGCGCAGAUGCUCACGCGCCUACGGCUCAGAGCAAGGCCGAUACGUCUCUCACAGAAGAGCAAAAGAAGGCCUACGCUUCAAUACGCAAGAUCAUUCGAGGCACAGCCAGCAUUGAACUCAACAUGGAAUUUUUAUACCGCAGCAACCAUACGGACAAGAAUAUCCUGAACAAAAUCCGGGACAGCUUGGAAGCAAGGAACUCCAUCUUUCACACCGCUGUUACUUUUGCCAAUGCAUUCAUGAACGCUGGAACAACGAGCGACGCCUUCUUCCGCGAGAAUUUGGAGUGGCUUGGCAAGGCGGUAAAUUGGUCAAAGUUCACUGCUACUGCUGCUCUCGGUGUCAUUCACAAGGGGAACCUUGGACAGGGCCAAAAGCUUCUGGAGCCUUAUCUUCCGCGAGACACUGCGGUGACUGGGUCCGUUUAUAGCCAGGGUGGUUCUCUCUUUGCCCUCGGUUUGAUCUACGCGAACCAUGGCACGCACGUCUUGGACUACCUCCGCCAUCACUUUAAGCAAGCGAGCGAGGAGGUAGUCCAACACGGUGGUGCGCUUGGUCUUGGUGUGGCAGGUAUGGCGACAGGUUCAGAGGAAAUCUUCGAGGAUCUUAAGGCGGUUUUGUAUCAGGAUUCGGCUUUGAAUGGUGAGGCAGUCGGUCUCGCCAUGGGUCUGGUCAUGUUGGGAACCGGAAAUAUGACCGCUUUGGAAGGCAUGAUCCAGUAUGCUCACGACACCCAGCACGAGAAGAUUGUCCGUGGUCUCGCACUUGGAAUGGCGCUCAUCAUGUACGGACGCCAAGAGGCUGCCGACGAGCUUAUCAAUGGCUUGCUAGAUGACCCCGACCCCACCCUUCGCUAUGGUGGUAUUAUGACCCUGGGCAUGGCUUACUGCGGUACCAGUAGCAAUAAGGCUAUCCGCAAGCUGCUGCAUGUCGCCGUUAGCGAUGUUAGUGAUGACGUCCGUCGAGCCGCUGUCAUGACUCUUGGUUUCAUUCUUUUCCGAAAGCCUACCAGCGUUCCCCGCAUGGUGGAACUGCUUUCCGAGUCCUACAAUCCACACGUGCGUUAUGGUGCAGCGAUGGCUCUCGGUAUUUCUUGUGCCGGUACCGGCCUCGAAGAAGCCAUCGACCUUCUUGAGCCUAUGCUCAAGGAUCCUGCCGACUUUGUUCGUCAGGGCGCACUUAUCUCGCUCUCUCUGAUCAUGAUUCAGCAAAACGAGGCCAUGAACCCCAAGGUGGCCACCAUCCGCAAAACCUUGUCAAAAGUCAUCAGUGACCGACACGAAGACGCCAUGGCCAAAUUUGGCUGCGCUAUUGCGUUGGGUAUCAUCGAUGCCGGUGGCCGCAAUUGCACCGUCAGCUUGCAGACUCAGACUGGCAAUCUCAACAUGGCUGCCAUUGUCGGCAUGGCGGUCUUCACGCAAUAUUGGUACUGGUUCCCGCUCACCCACUUCCUUUCUCUCAGCUUUACGCCGACUGCGAUCAUUGGCCUGGACCAGGAACUUGAAGUGCCCAGCUUCAAGCUGUACAGUGCUACUCGUCCCAGCAUGUUCGACUACCCUCCUGAGCAAGAAGUUAAGACCGACGAGGCACCUGAAAAGGUGAAGACUGCGGUCUUGUCUACCACUGCUCAGGCCAAGCGGAGAGCGCAGAAAAAAGAGAAGCAGCAACGUCGCGAGAGUAUGGACAUUGAUCAGACCCCCACAACACCUCGCACAUCGCAGCUUCCUGGUGAUGCGAUGGACACAGACGAGGACAAGAAGAAGGAAGACAAGUCCGAUGUCGAGAAGAAGGAGGGCGAGAAGGAGGGCACACCGGCCGCCGAAAGCAGCAAGAAGAAGACGGAAAAGGAAAAGGUGGGCUACGAGUUGGAGAACAUGUCAAGGGUUCUUCCCGGUCAAGUCAAAUUCAUCAGCUUCCCUGAAAGCAGAUAUGAGCCCGUCAAGAAGCCUACUGGCGGUGUUCUUCUUCUGGUUGAUACGGAACCUUCUGAGCCAAAGUCGCUCAUUGAGCUCAAAUCGAAGAAGCAGGCUGCUCCUGCUCCGAGCGAGCCAUCUCAGACUCUUGAGGAGCGCAUCAAUGCCGCUUACAGCGAGCGGAAUCGACAGCUGGAAACCCCUGGCGGCGCUGCUCAAGCUGCUGGCGUACUCACGGCGGUGGACGAAGAUGAAGAGGGCGGCGAAGAAGCUGAAUGCCCUAGAGAAUUCGACUACCACACUGACGAGGAAAUGGAGUAGACAUUGUAUCAUUUGAUUUCAUCUUUCCCCUUUUUUUUAUCGUUCUUCUUCUACUUCAACUUCGUCACGAGCUACGUACAGAACUGUCUCGUGACUAGCUAUGGCAGCAGUUGGUUGUGUUUCUGCGGCAGCGUCGCGAGCAUAGAUUCAUUCGCACGGAACAUUGUAGAUUUCUCGGCACUGUAUACUAUCUAGGAAGAGAUAAUUUUCAUCAUCUAUUACAUUUUCAGACUUUUUGUAUUAAUUCCUCCCUCGGGAACUCGGAAUUGUGCCCAGAAUGAAAAUUGGAUUUAACUGGUGGAUGAUUGGAGGAGUCGGGAU